UACAAAAGGGAAAGGAAGUCGAUAUUGAUCAAGACUUUUCUACGUAAGAGUCUUAGAAGCUGCUACAGGAGAGCCCCGCCCGCCCUCCACCUGCCCAACACUGCCGAGUCUGGACGGACUGAAAAAAAGACGCUCAUUUCUUCAGACACUCACUUUUAUCUACAAGCUUGACUGAGGACCUUCACACCUGUAAUUAGGUGCAGCAUGCGGGUGGUGGUAACAGGGGGAGGCGGGUAUGUCGGGUACCACGUGGGUUGGGCGCUAUCCCAGGGUGGACAUGAUGUAACCCUUCUUGAUCUCCAGCCACCUGACCCUGAGUGGAGGGAAACGGCGCCGCGAGCUUUGUGGGAUGCGCUUCCAAGAGGGUUCUGGGGCGAGGGGCAACAACACCCUGGCUCUCUGGAGUUCGUCAGGGGCAGCGUCACUGACUUCAAGAUUCUGGAGCGACAUUUCCAGGGUGCCUCAGCUGUUGUGCAUAGUGCCUCCUACGGGAUGUCAGGGAGGGAGCAGCUGCCCCCCCACGCCCCCCUGCAGGAGAAGGUCAACGUGGAGGGAACGAGAGAGGUCAUCCGUGCCGCCGUGAGUGCCAAGGUGCGCGCCCUUGUUUACACUUCAACUUACAACGUGGUGUUCGGGGGACGUCAGAUAGCUGAAGGAGACGAAUCAUUGCCUUUCUUCUCCCUUCACGCUCACACCGACCACUACUCCAGAACUAAAACCAUAGCUGAGAUGCUUGUCUUGAUGGCUGACGGAAAGUGUGGCCCGCCAGCGUGUCACUCCCUGCCUCCCGCGCUCCAGCAAGGCCACGCGAGUUCCCCAGGCACCCCCCAGCCCUGCCUCAGAACCUGCGCCCUCAGAAUGAACGGGGUGAUGGGCCUAGGAGAGAAGAAACACACGCGGCGGGUCAUGAACGCCAUCAGAUCUGGACUGCUCAUCUUGGCGUAUGGCAGGAAAGAGGGACUGGUUGACUUCAUCGGUAUACAGAAUGUGGUGCAGGGACAUGUCAAGGCCCUGAUGGCACUGCUGAGGGAACAGAGCUUCAGUACCCAAGACUUUCCUGCGACUCUUCCCAGCCCAUGCAAGAUUGUAAGCUGUGAGAGACUAGACUCGACAGAUUUCUCUUCUUCAUUAUCAGACGGUUCUUGUUCAGUAACUUCUUCAGACACAUCAGGUUCUCUUAUACCUGCGUCUCUGUCCAGAAUUUCAAGCUCCUCUGUUACAUCUUCAUUAUCUCCUGGUUCUUAUCCCUUAGUGUCUGGUCAGGCAUUCUUUAUCAGUGACUCAGCCCCUGUCAGCCACUUUGAGUACUUCAGGCCGCUGUUUGAGGGGCUCGGCUACUCCUUCCCUGCUGUCACGCUGCCUCUCUGUGUUAUCCUGCUUGUCGCCUACCUGCAGGAGUUCGUGUAUUGCCUAGUGCACAGGUUCCUCCCAUUCACGCCCUUCGUCACCCCUGCGGAGGCUUACAAGUCUGGCGUCACUCACUACUGCAGCUGUAGGAAGGCCACACGUGCAUUUGACUACUUCCCGACAAGACCCAAUGACUUGAAGCAGGUGGUGGAGUAUUACAGGGCUCAGGGCUGCACCAAGACUCACAAGACUGGCAUAGUGUCGCUUCUUCCACUCGCGUUGUUCUUUAUCCUUCCUGUGUUCAUCCUCCUCAUUGUUCUGUAAAUUCUGAGGUGGUUUGUGUAGUGUUGCAAGUUGUUGGGGUUCAGGUACUGUGUUCUAAGUGCAUGAAUGCUUGAUGUAUUAUUUUUUAUACAAUAUAAACUUUGCAUGGAA